UGGCCAACCAAGGUUUUUCUAGGAGUUCUUCAUCACGUUUCACAAUCAGGUGCUCUUCAGUCGCUUGAAGCUUGUGAUUCCUACAGGAUACAGAAUGUCAGACGUCAGCAAGACUGAAAAGUUCCAGUUAUAUGUCCCGAUUUUGGAGGAAUUAUGUGACGUUUUGCAGAGAGGGCUGAAGAACAAUUUUGCUGACGCGCAAGUUUGUGUUGUCGACUGUCCAGACCUCACUCAAGAUCCAUUUAAGUUUCCCGUCAAGGGGUUGUGUGGAAAACCUCGCAUUACAGAUGUGGGGGGAGUGCCCUAUUUGGUCCCCUUGGUCAAAGUGGACAAGGAGUACAACAUGAACACUGUGUCAAAGGAAUUGGAGCUACCUGGAGCGUUCAUUCUUGGUGCAGGAGCUGUAUCCUCCAAAAAUGUUGGAAUGAAUGCAGAGAUGAUGCCUCUGGUGCUCACUGAAGCUGAGGGAAGGCCUGCAGUGAAUAGCAGCUGGUUUUCCUCCAUAAAUCCAGAUAAUAACCAGUGUCUUUUGGAGAAAUACAGCGAUAAGUUCUCAGACUGUGACUUUGGACUGCUGGCGAACUUGUAUGCAUGUGAGGGAAAGCCUGGAAAGGUCAUAGAGGUGAGAGCCAAAAGGAGAAUAGGAGAAGAGAGCCUUGUGGGUGCUCUGAGGAAGACCAUGGAGGAGCACUACCCCGAUAAAAGCCUGGCUCUGGGGGGCACCUUCCUCAUCCAGAAAGGGAAGGCCAAGAUCCAUAUCAUGCCAAGGGAGUUCUCAGCCUGCCCACUCAACUCCAACGAUGAUGUUAACAAAUGGCUGAAACAUUUUGAGGUCAGCGCACCACUGAUAUGCCAGUCUGUGAUGGUCUCCAGAGACCCUGGUUUGGACCUCCGUGUGGAGCACACUCACUGCUUCAGCCACCAUGGAGAGGGUGGUCACUACUACAUAGACACCACUCCUGACACUGUGGAAUACCUGGGUUACUUCAUGCCUGCCGAGUUCGUCUACCGCAUCGACCGACCCAGUGAGACCCACGAAGUCGGGCGAGACUGAAACAUGACACAACUUGACACAACUUAAGUCAGAUUAAUGUUAGAAAAUCUUACCUUUUUGAUGUUGAUUUAACUGAAUCAAUGAUUGAUGAUCAAUCUAUUUUACUUUAUGCAUUUUUCAAAAGGCCUUUGAUUUGAUGAUUUUAUAACAAAGACCACAUUUGUUUUAGUCAAGAUGAUAUUGUGCGAUUUUAAAGCUAAACAUUUUCAACAAUAACUUAAACAUUUCAUGAAUCGUUUGAUAAAAAUGCAUUUGAUUCAAAUAAUUGUAACAUUUCAUUAUGUUGUACUUUAAGGAAUAAACUACCUGUCAGUGACAUGU